AUGGCGCGAAAUAUUUAUAAUUAUUUUAAAUCCAGUAGUAAAAGGCAGAGUGAGUUGAAAGAGUUCCAGUAUUUUGCUGAGGCGGAUGUGCACAAAAUUCUAAGACCAGCCCAGACUAGAUGGUUGUCUUUAAAUGCAGUAGUGCAAAGGAUUCUGGAACAAUGGGAUGUAUUACGUCUUUAUUUCAAUAGCAAAUGGCUGGAAGAAUCGGAGUGCCACGAUAUUCAUGCAUGCCUGAAUGAUCCCAUAAUCAAGGCUUAUUACUAUUUUUUGGCUUGGAUGUUGCCAAAAUUUACAACAUUAAAUAGCUGUUUUCAGAGCGAAUCUAUUUUAAUUACGAAACUACAUGGGAAAAUGACAGCUUUUUAUAAAGAACUGUUACUAUUGGUUUUACACAGAAAUUAUGUAAAUUCCGCUCCUAUUGAAACUAUAGAUCCAAUGACAGAAAUAAAUCACAAGGACCUAAAAGACAUAUAUCUAGGUUUAGGUGUCCAGAAAGAACUAGAUUCUGUUGAAAAUGAAGAAAGAAAGUUAACUCUCAGAAAGAUGUGUAAAAAUUUUAUUAUUAGAGCUUGUGUGGGCCUUCGUAAACGAUACUGUUUUAAUGACAAAAUUAUGACAGAAAUAGCAAAAUUUGAUCUAGAGAAAGUAAUUUCUGAUGACAGGGAAGAGUCAGUUUCGUCGUUAUUUCCAUUACUGCCCAGAAUUGCCCCAACUUCAAUCCAACAUCAACAAGAACUAGAUGAUGAGUGGCGGAAGUUGCCGUUAUACUACAAAGAUUUGGAUUUAAGUCAACCCCCUGACGUAUUUUGGCACCAGGUCGCAGAACUGCGUGACCAACAUCGAGAAGGGAAUACCUAUUUCCAACACUUGCCAAAAUUUAUGUUGGCCAUUUUGUCUCUGCCACACUCGAAUGCUGAGUGCGAAAGAGUCUUCAGCAGAGUUAACGAUAUAAAAACAAAAAAACGGAAUAAACUCCUAACGAAAUCCAUCAAGGGAAAUCUCUUAUCGCAGCAAGCCAUACAGCGUCACGGAAAAAACUGUGUUGAUUUUAAUCCCACUCACGCUAUGAUCGCAAAACAUAACAAUGAUAUGUAUAAAAAUAUUGAAACAAUUAUACUGUCCGAUUCUGAUUAA